AGUCCCUCCCGCGGCCCCCCCCCUCCCCGCCGCCCGCCCGGGACCGGCGGGGACCGGGGGGGGGGGCACCGGGACCGGGAGGGGCGGGGAGGGGGGGGGGCAACGGGGCUGGGACCGAUCCCGGUGGGGGGGGGGCCCCGGGAGCGAUCGGGAUCCGGACCCGAAGGGGGGGGUUGGGGUGGGGGGGAGCGGAGGAAAACCGGGGCUGAACCCCGCCGCCCCCUCCCCGUGCCCGAGCGGCGGAGCGGCCCCGGCGGCGCAAAAUGGCCACGGCGCUGCACAAGCCCCUCAAAUGCCCGGGUGAGGAGUUCUACCGCGCGGCGCUGGAGCACUGCCGCAGCUACAACACGCGGCUCUGCGCCGAGCGCGGCUCCCGCCUCCCCUUCCUGGACAGCCAGACCGGGGUGGCCCAAAGCAACUGCUACAUCUGGAUGGAGCGGACCCACCGCCGCCCCGGCCUGUCCCCAGGGCAGCUCUACACGUACCCGGCGCGGUGCUGGCGCAAGAAGCGGCGCUUGAACAUCCUGGAGGACCCGCGACUGCGGCCCUAUUGUGAGGUGCCCCUGCGCAAGGAGGGGGCCCCAGGGCUGCCUGAGGGGCCGGUGCUGGAGGCGCUGCUCAGUGCGGAGCCCAUGGACAGGAGGGGGGACACCAGGGAGGAGGAGACAGCGCUGGAGGGACCAAAGCCUCCCCCGGGUGAUUUCCCCCAUGAGCCGGAGGGGGACGAGCUGGACGAUGACCCCCCCCGCCGCAAGAACAAGGCCAAGGGCAAGACGUGCGGGCUGGGGGCGGUGCGGAAGCGCCAGGAGCCGCCGGCGCUGGAGGAGCGGGACAAGCCCUACGUGUGCGACAUCUGCGGGAAGCGCUACAAGAACCGCCCGGGGCUGAGCUACCAUUACACACACACGCACUUGGCCGAGGAGGAGGGCGAGGAGCUGGGCGAGCGCCCCGCGCCCCCCCGCAGGAACCACCAUAAGCAGUUUUACAAAGAGUUGAACUGGGUCCCUGAAAACCAGCGCCGGAGCACAGCCGGCGCCCUCCCCCCCGCGCCCCCCCCCGCGGGGGCUCCCUGCGGCUUCUGCCUGGGGGGGUCCCGCCGGGCCCCGGCGUGUCCCGAGGAGCUGAUCGCGUGUGCGGACUGCGGCCGGGCAGGGCACCCCUCGUGCCUGCAGUUCACGGUGAGCAUGGCGGCCGCGGUGCGCACCUACCGCUGGCAGUGCAUCGAGUGCAAGUCCUGCAGCCUCUGCGGCACCGCCGAGAACGACGAUCAGCUGCUGUUCUGCGACGAUUGCGACCGGGGGUACCACAUGUACUGCCUGAGCCCCCCCAUGGCCGAGCCCCCCGAAGGCAGUUGGAGCUGCCACCUCUGUCUGCGGCAGCUGAAGGACAAGGCCUCAGCCUUCAUCACCCUCACUUAGGGGGGGGGACCCCCCCUGCACCCCUCACCCCGCACCCCCCCCGCACCCCAAAUCCUGCCUAAACCCCCCCAACCCCCUCCCCCCGCACCCCAAAACCUGCCAAAAGCCAUAAUGGAGAUGGGGGGGUUGGUGGGGGGGGUGUCAAUGCGUUGCAUGAUGGGAAAAUUGGGGCUCCCCCCCCCCCCCCCGGGUGUUAAUUAUUUAUAAUGGGGGGGGUUAAUUUGGGGACACCCCCCCCGGGGUUGGGGGGGGCGGAUGUUGCUGGUGCAAAACAAAAGGGGGGGAAGGGAAAAGGGGGGGGAGUCCCAUGGGUGUUAUGGGGUGUUGUGGCCCCCCCCCCCAAUUGAACUGGCCCCCCCCCCCCAUCGUGGUGUCGUUGGUGUGAGCUGUGAGUGUCUGUGCAUUAAACUGUGACAGAGAGA